AUGGCUUCUCACACUCUUCCCCGUACCUACAGCAAGGAUUCACAGCCCAGUAUUCUGAGCAGUUGCGACAUCUACAACCUUGCACCCGUAUCUAAGAUAGAGCUAGCGGCGGCCGACGGAACUGACCCAGCCGGGUCGACAUGGGUCGCAAUUCUCGGCAUUGUCUUUGAUGUGUCAAGCAGCAAAGCCUUUGCCCUAGGUGGGCCAUAUCACAUCUAUGCCGGCAAGGAUCCAUCGAGAGCCCUUGCAUUAUCGAGCGUCAGGCCUGAGGACUGUAUUGCAGAACUGGCCGAUCUUGAAGAUGUGCAUAAGACGGUGCUCGGCGAAUGGUACGCCCGCUUCAAGCAGACCUAUCAGGUAGUGGGUCGCAUGGAACUGCCCUUGUCCGCCAUUCUGAGCGAUCACGUAACGGUGAAAGACCAAGGCAGCAACUGA